AUGAAGCACAUAGUGGUUAUGAUGAUUUUUCUAAACAUCAACUACGGCAUUACCUCCACCUCGCAGACAGUCGACAUCGACGAGCCACACACGUACACACCACCGAAGCACUACUUCCAGACGUCGUCCUUCGACGAGGCCGACCUGGACGAUGACGUCGUGAAAAACCCACUGGACCGGGGGCCCUACUUUGACAUCUCGGCGUCGAGAAAUGUGACGGCGCUGGUCGGCAACACGGCCUAUCUCAACUGCCGGGUGCGGAAUCUUGGCAACCGAACGGUAUCGUGGAUCCGGCACCGGGACCUGCACCUGCUCACAGUCGGCAAGGCCACCUACACUUCCGACCAGAGGUACCAGAGUGUACAUAAUCCCGCCCUGGACGAUUGGUCCCUGAAGGUGCUCUACCCGCAGCCACGGGAUUCGGGAGUGUACGAGUGUCAGAUAUCUACAACGCCCCCGGUGGGAUACUCCAUGACACUGUCCGUUGUCGAACCCAUCACAACGAUAGUCGGCGGUCCGGACCUGUACAUCGACACCGGUUCCACAGUGAAUCUGACGUGCAUCGUACGCCACCUGCCGGAGCCACCACCGGUCAUAUUGUGGACUCAUAACGGAGAGGAAAUCAACUACGACUCGGCACGUGGUGGAGUGUCGGUCAUAACGGAGAAGGGUGACAUCACGACCUCGUAUCUGCUGAUACAGCGAGCAAGGACCUCCGACUCGGGCAAAUAUACGUGCACACCCUCGACUGCCAAUCCGAUCACGGUGAACGUCCACGUGCUCAACGGCGAACAUCCGGCCGCCAUCCAGGCUGCCCAUCUGCAGCGGAGUAAUUUGGUCCUGUCCGGUUGCUGCUGUCUGAUACUGCUGCUGCUAUCCUUGCUGAACGACCGUUGGUCGGCUGUCAGAUAA